CCCAAGCCCCAACCCUCACAGCGCAGCACAUAACGGAGCAAAAGGAGAACACACGGACGACAACAACGCCUUUUCUCCAAAUUUAACGACGACUAACCGCAUUUAACCGUCAUCCCUCGGUAGGACAUUAUUAAGGACCAUGAUGAAGAGAUGGCGCGAGGCGGCGUUUCUGUCUUUCCUCAUCAUAAUUCUGCUAAACAUGGAAUCCACAUGGGCCAGAAGAGGAGGCGGAAGCAGCAGCAGCGGCCGGAGAUCUUCCACCUCUUUGAGUAACCGGGGCUCGCAAUCCAAACCGUCCAACUCAAAUCCAGGAAGCACUUCCAAUCGGAACACCAAUCCGUACCCUUCGGGUGGAAGUUACCCCGGAGCGGGAAACAGAAACCCGGCGAGUUAUCCGGGAGGCGGAAGUUACCCUAAUCAGAAUCCCAGUCGAACCAAUCCUGGCAGAUAUCCAGCCGGUGGUGGUUAUCCGAACCAGAACCCUGCGGGUCGUAAUCCAGCCGCUGGUGGAUACCCCAACCAGAACCCCGCUGGCGGUUACCCAGCCGGUGGUGGUUAUCCGAACCAGAACCCUGCGGGCCGUAAUCCAGCCGCUGGUGGAUACCCCAACCGGAACCCCGCUGGCGGUUACCCAGCCGGUGGUGGUUAUCCCAACCAGAACCCUGCGGGCCGUAACCCAGCCGCUGGUGGAUACCCCAACCAGAACCCCGCUGGCGGUUACCCAGCCGGUGGUGGUUAUCCGAACCAGAACCCUGCGGGCCGUAAUCCAGCUGCUGGUGGAUACCCCAACCAGAAUCCAGGCAGAGGUGGUACCAACCAAGGAUACCCUAAUCAGUACCCGGCUGCCGGAGGGGGUUACCCAAACAGGGGUGGCUACCCGGCUGGAGGGAGCUACCCAGCCGGGGGGAGCUACCCAGCUGGAGGGGGCUAUCCUAACAGGGGUGGCUACCCAAACCAGUAUCCAGCUGCAGGUGGUUAUCCGGGGCGAGGCGGAUCGUUCGGCUACCCCCAAGGGAACCCGAAUAAUAGGAUUCUGAGUCCCCACAUUGGUGGGGGUGCUUACGGAUACGGCGGUCACGGAAUGGGAGGGUCCCCCUUUUCCCGUUCGGUGCAGAGUAUGGGUUACAAACCCAAAUCUACAGGGUUUGCCAAGAAGGCCAUCCUGGCGGCGGGCGUGGGCGCCGUGGCCGGGAUGGCGGUGGGAUACGGACUGGGGCGCUUUCCCCGACCGCACUUUUCGUUCCGUAACCCCGAGGAAGAGUACUACUACAACAACUACAUGUACCGCCGCUACGGCUCGCGCUCCACCGAUGAGAAGGACUUCGGCCGCGAUUACGUCUACAAGCCGCCUCCGAGAGCCGAGACCUACGACGCCUUCAUGGCCCGAUGUAUGAACAGAACCGACCUUCUCAAGGAGCGGAAGAACAACUCCUCUGGGGGCAUCCAAGAGGACGAUGACGACACGGUGAGCAUCGAGGAGAUCGGCUACCCGUCCCUGGUGGAGCAGAUGAAGGCACGCCGCUGCGUGGAGAAUUACAUGGUCUACUCCGAGCGCUUCCUGGAGGAACGCAAGCCCGAGCAUCAGGUCCAGAUUGGUCGCAGUGGGCCGCCGAGCUUUGGCGAGGCACAGCUUUUCCUGUCGCUCUCCAUGUUACUGUCCAGCGUGCUCCUGCUCCAGUAAGAACAAUUGGGCCCUCUAUUAUCGCUGCACGUGUUCAUACAGUAAUGCUGAUCCAAUGUAACCUAUAUCGUCAGCAACCUUCUUGAAUUUUGCACCUUCUGGCUCAUAUUUAGUUAAUCCCUAUAUACACUACUCACUAAAUGUUAUGGAUCGUCGUCUUUCGGGUGACAUGGAUGAAUUUAACAUGCACGCUAACAUUUACAGGUGAACUUCAUUUGACCUUCUCUAAACUUUUGUCCAACUGUUCAAUAUUUCAGUACUUUUUACACAACUUUCUGUUCUCUAACAAGCAGCUGAAGGGCAAAAUUCACAAGUGUUUUUAUCCAUGGAUGAACAAUAGAUUGUUCAAUUUGAAUUGGUAUUGAAGCAGUCCUCUUCAUCGUGCCGUUCACAUUUUGACAUUGUGAGGCCUAACAAUUGAUCAAGUGUAUCUCAAGUGUAUCUCGCCAAGAGAUACGAGAUACAGAGACACUGGAGGAGUCACAGAAAAACAGAAAAGUGGACAGACAUCCUUGGAAAUUUUCAGAGAUAGACAAAAACCUGUUGUGUAUUUUGCCGUUCAGCUCCUUCUUAUUGAAUAGCAAGUUGUGCAAAAACUACUGAAAUGGUCAAAUAAAAUUCACCUGAAGAGGUUGUUAUGCAUUUUAAGUUAAUUCUGAAAUUUCGCCCAAUAUGCAAAACCUUUUUUUGAAUAGUGUAUAUAGUAUAUACUACAUAUAUAGUAUACAGUAUAUAGCAGCAUAAAACUAACACCAGGGUGAUGGAGUCGUGUGCAUCUUCAUGAGAAAGCAUUAAAACCUUUAGAAGUGCUGUUCGUCUAACAAGCACUCAUUUUGAUUUGCACUCCACGUUGUUGAGCACUGAAUACAUAUUCUAUUUUUUUUAUUUGAGCUUAAUAUACUAGUUCAUUAUGACAUUCUAGAUCCUAUGACAGUGCAAUCAGGUUUGUUUCAUCAGUUGAGCGCAAACAGGUUUUGCAUGAUAUUGUGUAAAUAGAGCGCCUGUUUUUCGUGCAAUGAUGCAUAUGUUUUUCCAUGUGUUAUUUGGUGCAUAAUAUACAAAGGAGUAUCAGGAACACACUGGGGAGAAAAGACUAAAAUUCCAAGGAGAAAAGUCGCAAGAUUGAAUUUGUAAUAUACAGUAAGGAAUGAAGUUUGCAACAGUAUAAGGGCAAAAGUUGUCAUGUUACAAGGAUGAAUUUGGAAUGUUAUGAGAAAAAGGGAUUCAUGGUACUACAAUAAAGUCAUAAUACUAUGAGAAAAAUGUCAAUGUUAUGAGAAACAAGUCAAAAUGUUAUGACAGUAAAGUUUUUACAUAAGAAAAAGUAGGAAUCUUGUACUUGCUACUGUAGUUUCGGUUACAUGGGCCAGCCCGACUGAUUCCGAAGACCCCAGAUUAGAUUGAGAUGGCAACACAUAAAGGGAUGAAAACUGUUUGGCCCAAAGAAAUCUUUCAUCAUCCAGAGAAACGUGUCGUUGUAUUGUAAUUUCCAGUGGAAGUUAAUUUCCUACACGCAAACAUCUCCAUUCUGGUAGGUUGUUCGAAGUUUUUGCUCAUCACUGCCUCCACAACAACAGUCAUUUGACGUACAGUACGAGUACAGUACGAGUUCAUGAAUGAUGAAAUGGAAAACUGAGAUAAUGUUUCUAUUUAGCUGACAUUUGUCAUUUCACUUGCAUUGGUUCUGUUCCGUUGCAAUGUUGUUAAUUACACAUAGCCGCUUUUAUUCCGUUUCCGUUCCUCUAAAGUACUUUUAACAUGUGUUUUGACUAAUGCAUACUAUAAACAGACUGACAGAGACCAUUGUCAUACAAUUUAAAGGUAUUUUUCAUCUCUGUUCUGCACUUUUAAUAUUUGAACGGUUUGUUAGUUCCCACUAAUGAUUUUUUGUCCAGUAACUUGUGAAAUGAACCUUAAAAGUGGAUCAUUUUCAUUUUUAUAAUGUAUUUUUAACUUCCAUUAAUUCACAAACCAUUUAGUUUUUUCAGUUAAAUUCAAAUUGAAGUUGGGUUUGAUAUUUUCCCCAAGUAUUUUGUAUUUCACAUAUGGAUAAUUGGGACUUUCUGAAACUGCUACAUGAACUCAAAAUUUGCGUCAAUAUUUGUUUUUUUUUUUCUCCAGCAAGUGAUACUACUGCUAUGAUGUGCUAUAAUUUUCUGUGAAUGUGUACGUGAUCAAUAAAAGUCUGUCAAAAAUC